AUAUCAUCCCAAAAUGAAACAGUAACAAGAAUGGAUGAUGCUAGUUGUCCAGACACCAAGUUUCAUUCAAAUGGCUGUAAUCAUAAUAUCUCAUGAAUUACACUUAUGAUUAUCAGAUGAAGAACAAUGAUUUUUUGAUUGUAUGUCAAGAAGUAAAUGAAAAAUGAUUUCACAGUUAGGCAAGAAUGAAUAAUUAGAAAGAAUUUAAAAGCAAAGAUGAUUUUUUUAAUCCAGAAAAGCCACAGAAAUGGAUUCGAUUUACUGAGCAUUUAAUCAGCAAUAUGGAAAAUACUGAUAAAUCAUCCAUUAGCAAUGAAGAGGAACAGUUUGUUCCAAUUGAAGACAAACCUCUUAACAACAGUGAAAGUUUUAAUUAUGAUGGGGACGAUAAUUUAUCUUAUCCUGACAUUUCUUCAGGUUCCAGUAAAUCUUAUUCUUUUGAUUCAUAUGAAUUAUAUCGUGAAAGUAGCCCAAGUAGCAUUUCUGCAACAAGUGAUUCAAGUUUCAGCAUUAUUGAUCAACCCUGUGCAGUUUGUCCUUUAACUCCAGAUAUUCUUGAAGGAAUUAAUGAAGAUAUGAUUGAUUUAUCAGUUGUUUCAAGUAUUCAGGAAGAGUUACCUCCAGAUAUAGAUCUUAAGCCAGGAAGACGCCAUUAUGUUCACACACGUAACAUUCAUUUAAAUAGAUGGCUGAAUCUUAUUGCAUUAUUAUCUGCAGCACUUGUUUUUGGAUUGGGCAUUGGCAAUUUCAUUGGAAUGUCUAGGCAGUGGUGGCAUGAAAGAGAGAUAGCUAGAAGGCAAGUUUUGAAAUUGAAACAGUUGCAAGAUGAACUUGUUCUCUGUAUUAAAGAAAAAAUAGAAAUUGAUCAAAAACUAAUGAAUCUGCAUAAAGAAUUUUCAAACAAUGGUUUAUAUUCAUAUCCUGGAAUAAAUGAACAGAUAAAUAGUUCCAUGCAAUUUGAUAUUAAAAGAAACAAAGAUAUAAAUCAGCAUUUACAAAAAGAAAACAUAUUUCAAGCUCAGGAAGUUAAAAUAUAUCAACUGCAGGAAGAAAAUCAUGAACUUCGAGACACACUGCAUUGCUUAACCAGUCAAAUUGAAUCAAGAUGGAGUUCUCGAACAGAUGAAAAUAGAAAAGACGAAUUAAAAGUAGUCUCAAUAAAUGAGAAAAUAAAUAAUGUGAAAGAUCAUAUUAAUCAAAUGAUAUCUGAAAAUGAGGAAUUAAAAACUGCUGUUGCUCGUCUUCGAUAUGGAAAUCCUUUAAUUCAGAUUGAAAGCAAUACAACUUUUUAUAAUGAUAAUAAUAAUAAUAAUGAUUUACAAAAUAAUACUCAAAAUAAUACAUUUACAAUUGUUUAUAAUUAUUGGAAAGAGAAAUUUCCAACUCUCACCUAUGAUUUCAAUUGGGUUGAGUCAUAUUUAAGACAUGACAAUCAAGAUACUAAGUCUUUUAAUACAGCAAUUAAUGAUGUCUUAUCCAGUCUGUUUAAUCAAGUUAAUUUCCUUACUGAAGAUAUUUACAACAAGUUUAAUAUUCAAGAAAUUCGAAUGAAUGUCAAAAAUAAAUUAGCAGAACUAGAAAAUUUCAGCAGCUCAUUUUGUGGCACUGAUUGCAGUCAUGCUAUAAAUAAAACUACCAAAAAAAUGAAAGAGAUGAUUUAUAUUGCAAUUCAGAAAUGUAAAAAAGCUAUUCAAAAAUUUAAAGAUAAUGAAAAGCCAUACGAAUUUAAAACAAAAAAGUUAUAUUCAAAGAUAUCAGAAAUUUUUAAGAAAUUGGAUCAGAAAUGGUCUGAUAUCAAAGAACAUUGGUCAAAGAAAAAUAGGAAAGAAGAGAAAAUACACAAGUACAAAAAGGAUAAAUAUUCCUAUCAUUCAAAGACAGAUUAUAAAUUCAAAGAAAAAUCAAAAGAAACAAAUUUUGUUCCGCGCACUUAUGUCGAAAAGUAUUCAAAUGUUAAGAGGAUAAACGGAAGAGGAAUGUGAGAGUGAUUUAAAAAAUAUUCUGAAGCUUUAUUAGUCUGCAAAUUUAUUUAAUGUAAUAAUGCUUACAGUUAUUUUUUAAUAUUAGUUUCUAAUUAUAAUAACUGUUGAAUUGUUUUAAUAGAUUUUUU